AUGUUGCACUUUGUCUUUUUAUUAUUAUUAUUCGUUCCUUUUUCUCUUCCUUCCGGCUUUUCCUUCUCUCUUCGUUUGCUGAUAUUUUUUUUCUUUCUUUCACUUUUUUUUCUUUACAUGGACUUUAUUUUUUCAUUACAGUGCUUCUUUGUCUUUUCAUUCUUUAUUUCUUUUAAUUUUCUUUGUUUAUAUUCAAUUGAUCUCUUUUUCUUUCUGAACUUUUCUUUUCAUUUUCAUUUUUUCUUUACAGGUCUUUGUAUCAUUUUUCUUUCUUUCUUUCUUUUUUCAUUUUUCUUUCAGUUUUUCUUUCUUUCUUUAGAUUUGUUUCUUUAUUCUUUCCUCACAAGUUUUCUCAUUUUUUUUAAAGUUCUUUUCUUCUUUAUUUUUUUUCUUUACGGGAAUUUCCUUCAUCGCAGUUUUUUUUGUCUUUUUUUUUUUCUUUCUCUUAGGGUUUUCUUUUCUUUUCUUUUUUCUUUACUAUCUUAUCUUUCUUUUACUUCCCUUCUGUACGUGCACUUCUUCAUUGCUUAUUUAUUUACAUGUAUUUCUUUAUUAAUUCUUCACAAUUUUUCUUUCUAUCACUUUUUCUUUUUUACAUUAAUUUUUUUUUUUUCCUUCUGUUUUUCUUUACAUAGAUUUCUUCCUUUGUAUUUCUUUUCUUUUUUUCUAUCAUUCUUUACAGAUGUUUUUUACGGUUUUCUUGGCAGCUUUUUUCUUUCCUUCACUUUUGUUUCUUCUUUCAAAAGAAAGAAAUGUAAAGAUAUUUCUUUCUUUACGGGCUUCUUUCUUUUUUCCUUUGUUACAUGCAAUUUAAUUUUUUCUUUCUCUACAGGCUUUUUCUUUCUUUUGUUACAAAUUUUUCUUUCUUUUGUUACAAAUUUUUCUUUCUUUCAAGUGAUUUCAUUUUUUGCUGGUUUAUCUCUUUGUUCUUUCUUUUUUACAACUUUUUCUUUAUGCUUUCCUUUUUUUAUUUCAUUACUGAGAUAUCUCGCUUUGCAUUAUUUUGUAUUCGGUUUUUCUAAAAAAACUUCUUUUUUUAUUUCUUUCGUUUUCCUUCCUUCCUUCUUUUUUUCACUCCUUCUUUCCUUCCUUCCUUCUUUUUUUCACUCCUUCUUUCCUUCCUUCCUUUCACUCAUUCACAUCCUGCUCAUUAUCUUUUUAUUUCUAAAUUUUCUUUUGCUUUUUUUACGCCUAAUAUGUUUUGCUUGCAGCAUUCUUUCCUUCUCUUUCCUUGCCUUUCAUCUGUACAUUCUCUUAUUUCCAGCGUAUAUUCUUUCAUUAUUUGAAAUACUUCGUCCCAGACUUUCUUCUCUCUUUGUCCUUCCUGGCUCUUCUUUUUUCUUAACCCAAUUCUAG